AUGACGGCCCGUAAAUUAUAUGAACAAGAGGAAAAAUUGAACUGUAAAAUAUUUGACGAUCUAGGUUGGUAUGGUAUCCGAAAUUUUAACAAAUACAGAGGCUAUUUCUGUUUUAUAUGUGGGUGUGACAGCUUGGUUUGGUAUCUACCUUACCGCUCAGCUAGGUGCCUUAACUGUGGUGCCUUAACUGCCGAUGGCGGUGGCGCUAACAAGCGUGUCCUGGUUUUAGGUGGUUGGGGUGCUGUUGGUUCUUUAGCUACUCAAAUCCUGAGAACUCAAGGUAUUCAAGUCCUAGCAAUCUGUACCGAAAAUGCCAUAGAAUUAGUACAAAAUCUGGGUGCUGAUUGUGUGAUCGAUUACCGUAAUCUUUCAAAAAUGGCUACUCUUCGUAAUUUUGCGCCUUAUGAUUUAGUGCUUGAUUGUUGGGGUCAGGGAUCAGAAACUGCGGAGGUUUUAGACUUUGAAUACGAUCAGAAGUUACAUUUUCCUCACCGUUACUGA